AGCAUGCUAUAUGUUGAAGGAGCCUCUACAGCCCAGUGUCUUUAAGCUCUCAGGAAGUCCUCAGUGCUCGGCAGGUAGCCUGUGCUCACCAGAGAAGACUAGUUUUCCUCAGUCUCCCCAUUUGCCCUCCGGGAUCAGAGUCUUCCUUAUCUUCUCACAGCUAACUAUGCUUCUAUACACUUCUCUUCACAACGUUGAACUACUGCCCCACAUCAAAUACAAAGCCAAUACAGUGCACACCAUGCAAAGUAAAACGUUCCCAACGAGUGGGUCAAAGCAGUCAUUUUGGUUGUUUCCUAAACAGUCUUUUCGUUAAUUUCUUUAGCCAUUUAUAUUUGGAGGAGAGUGGAGGAGGAGUGAACUCUUAACUCAGAUACUUGCCUUUUUACAGCUUGAAACCUUCUGAAACGUGUGGUAAACGAUCAGGUAUCUGCAACCAUUCUAUCUUGGGAGAAACAUCCCGGAAGAGGCAGCGUUUGAGCCAUGUCCAAGGAAGCCAUUACUAGAAAUUCAAGAUUGAGGUGUUGGACCAGGGCGUGGCCCGCAGGCCCCAGUGAGUCUGCGCGCUGGUUCUCAUCCCCCUACUCAGAGGGAGGGCUGUUGCCCUUGACAACCCGGAAGGCUUGAGGAGCUUGACAACCACCUGGGAGCUAGACUGGGUGCUGCUGCCUCUGAUGGCAAUGCAGCCAGGUCUAGCGCUGAGAGCACCAUCCACCGUGAUCCUUCUCUUCAGCCUAGGCCUGGACCUGAUAGGGUGAACCUGGAUCCUUGGGACUGGUGAAAUGCGAGAAGUUUGGUAAUAAAGAUAUCACCAAAGAUUAGAAACAAAAUCAACCAGAGGAAAUUCUGAAAGUAUGGGAUGUAAAAAUUCAAAAAUAUCUUCAGCAAAUACCGCUGUUUUAGGGGUUAUCCAGAUUAUGAUUGGUAUCUAUCAUGUACUCAUGUGGUAUUUCCUAUUGCUGUUAUAUGUGGGACAAAUUAAAGGAGUAUUUGGAACUUACGAACCUUUAACUUACAAAAUGGGAACUUCUUUAUGGGGACUUACUUUUGUCCUUUCAGGAGCCUUCACAAUAAAAGCAGCAAAAUAUCGAAGUAGAUUUAUGCUUCUCUGUACUAUGUCCCUGAACAUACUCUGCAUAAUUGUUACGAUCAUUGCAGCCAGCCUAACAAUAGUGGAAUUGUCUCAUUUCCGUUCUGUGUCAUAUAGAAAUUAUGGACAAGCAAAGCUGGGAAGGGAAGUGUCCCGCAUUUUGUUGUGCUCUUACCCCCUGGAAUUUGUGGUCGCCCUCACAUAUUCCAUCUCUGGUUAUGCAUAUUUGGUAAAAACACAAGAUGAAAAUUCAGAAAGUGUUACUGAAGUAGUGGAGGACAACUGA